GAGAACUUCGUCUCCAUCGCUGCCUGGUCGCCGCACCGGAGCGCGAGUCCGAACCCUCGUAGCUCUCUCGGCCACUUUCGGUCUCUUUCGACCAUCUCGCCCUCUUCGGCAUCUUCGCGGUCUAGAUCCCCUGCGAAAUCCUUGUCGACUCAUAAUGCCGCCGAGAUGAUGAUUCCUCCCGAGGCGAGGCCGCACACGCCGAGACGCAUGCCGUCAACACUGUCGGUACGCGAAGACGAAGACCACAACACGAUACCUGAUCCACGGUCCCGCGCCCUAAGUCCAGAUGUCUCAACACAGUCCAGCACGCCGGGUCACCAUCCCGACCUAGAUCAAGAGGUUGCGACGCUGAGCACGAAACUGAUCAAUGCCAUCAACCAUCAAACCACCCUCGACGACACUUUGUCAUCUACACGGCAUGAACUAGACACGGCGAGGGAGAGGAUUGCCGAGCUCGAAGAUACGGUGGCCAAGCAACAGGAGAAGCUGUCCGAGGACGUGUGGAUGAGGCGUUCUGUUGCCGAGGAAGAGAAAGCUGACCUUCGCGCUCGUCUCGCAACCGAGCGAGCUCUCAGGCUGGAAGCCGAGAAGGACAAGAAAAAGAUUGAGCAGGAGCUGGAAAACCUUACAGUUUCGCUCUUUGAAGAGGCCAACAAGAUGGUCAUCACCGCGAAAGAAGACGCCGCCAGGGAACAGGAAGUUCUCAACCGCAAGAAUGAGCAGUUGAAAGCGCAACUCAAGGACACCGAAGGACUCCUCACAUUUCAGCAAGAACAGCUCGCGGAGCUCAAGCUCGUCAUGGAACAGAUGAAUGCCGAGAAGGACGACCGCACAGGAACAGCGCCUUCUUCGCCUGGGCUUAGCAAAUUCGAUCCCCGCGAGAGCGAUAGCCGCAACUCGGACGGUGAUGCUCUGCAGGGCGGCUCGGAACUUCUGUCGCCUACGUAUCCUACGGAUCUGAGUCACCUUCUCUCUCCUGUUCUCCGGACCGACAUCAGCGCCUACGACGACUUCAUGUCCCUGAUCAAAGUCUCCAAAACACACAGCCGCGUGUCUUCCGGCUCUUACAAUGGUCUCAAUCCAGUACUCGGCAUAGCGGGAGCUUCGAUUGCGUCCAAUAGCUCGACUGUAUCUCUUUCGGCAGCGGCUGCAUCCAGCUCCUCGCCCCAAUCUCCUAACACCCCCGCGUCUGCGAUCAGUGCUGGGUCUAGCGCACCAGCCGUCCAGCUUCCCCCGCUCAAAGAGACCAAGUUCUACAAGCGAGCUCUAGCCGAGGACAUCGAGCCCACCUUACGUCUGGAUACCGCUCCCGGGCUCUCUUGGCUCGCUCGACGGUCAGUCAUUACAGCGAUCACUGAGGGCACAUUGGUCGUUGAACCGGUUCCCACCACUGGCGUCUUCGCAACAAUCAGCAAGCCGCAGUUUUACAAGUGCUCGUUGUGCGGCGAGUCGCGCAAGGACGAAAGUCUUUUACGCCAUCACCGCUUUAGGACAAGCGAGACCGAGACGGCGCAGAGAUACCCGCUCUGCAAGUACUGCCUCGGCCGCGUGCGGUCGACUUGCGACUUCUUGGGCUUUCUUCGCAUGGUCAAGGACGGACACUGGCGAGCUGAUGAUGCCGAAGCGGAGCGGAACUGCUGGGAGGAGAGCGUCAAGCUACGGGAGCAGAUGUUCUGGAGUCGGAUCGGAGGUGGUGUUGUUCCCGCUAGUCAUGGACAUGCCCACCACCCGAGUGCAGCAGACAAGAGCACUCGUAACAGCACCGACGAGCCGGAAACGACUCCGCAAGAGGUGCGGUCUAGCGGACCCGACGCUCAGGACGAAGCAACCACGGUGACUCCGCCAUCGGAGUUGACCAUUGCUCCCGCGGGGACAGAUACACCAACAACCCCUCCGGACGUCACCCAGAAAGCCCCUGACACGGAGACUUCAACCAACAGCGUCGAUGCCAAUGUUGUUUCUGCCAACAAGGUGGACGGCGUGGUUCACAGCGAGACAGCCGCGAGCACUGAUGAGCGGCCCCCAACGCCACCGGAGAAGGAUACCGCGGCACGCCUCUCCAUCACAAUCCCUGGCGCUUUUGCUUUUAAUGUAUAAUACGAUACCCUCACUCCUUAUCGCGGCGGGUGGAUAUCCGCUCCACUGACACUUUCCUUAUUU